UUGUCGUAGAGAAUCAUGCCCCUGUAUUUCUCCGAUAUAAAAAGUACUUAGUAUAUUCAAGAUAUGGUCCAACUAACAAGUUUUUGCAUUUACUUUAACCCUCCAUUCAUAAACUUUUAGUAACAUUAUUAUUUUUACAGUAAAAAUCCGGAAGACUAUAACAUUCGAGCUGGCUCAAAAUACUGCAAAGAAGGCGGGGUAAUUCACCAAGUCAUGGACCUUGUUCUUCACAAGGAUUACGAAGGUGGUAAAUGGGACAAUGAUGUAGCUAUAAUGCGGCUAGCAGAGCCUCUGACCUUCAGUUAUGUCAUCAGUGCAAUAGGAAUGGCGGAGGUGGAUGAAGAGAUUCCAAAUGGGGGGGAAUGCAUUGUCACAGGUUGGGGCAAGAUGUCGGAGAAUGCAACUGAAUCAUCUCCAACAUUAAGAAGAGUGUUAGUCCCCAAAAUAUCCCAAGAAGAUUGCGCAGAAGUGUACAAUAGCCAUGGUUACCCCAUAACUCGGACUAUGGUAUGUGCAGGAUAUUUAGAAGGAGGGAAAGAUGCUUGCCAGGGUGAUAGUGGCGGUCCUCUGGUCUACAAUAACAAGUUGUCGGGCAUCGUAUCCUGGGGCAUAGGUUGUGCUGAACCUGGCUUUCCUGGAGUAUAUUCUAAUGUAGCAACCUUGAGGGAAUGGAUUGAUACAAAUAUUAACAACUUGAAGACGAAGCAUGAGAAAAUUACUGUUUAAAUGCAUCAAUAUUAUAUAGCUUUGUGUUGAUGAUUGUUACGAGUUUCCUGUAUUUUAUGAUAAUUUUAUACACAGAUGAAUUGACACAAUAAUGUAAUUUUGAGAAUUUUGAUGGUAUUUAUACCUACUAUUUAAUACAUUUAUGAAUUUUAUUUGUGUUUUAAAUAAUUUUACUUUUAUUUUAAAGUUCGACGAUAUAUUUUUAUCUUAAUCUAGCCAAAAAUUAGGUACAAAUGAUUUGAUAAAUUUAAAUAUUAAUAUAGCAGGGCUAUUUUAAGAACUAGAAUAUGUUUUUCUUUGAUAUUUUGUACAUGGAUAGUAUAAUCUGAAAAUAUGUAAUGGUGAUAAUAGUUCAUAUUAAUAAUGAACAAUGACAAAACAUAAGUUUAAGCAGAGGUCUAGGUAGAGGCAAUAAUUUUACACCCAGGUUCCAACAAUGUAAAUAAGUACUAAUAAUUUGAAUAUAUUAUCAAAGGAUUUUUAAAUGUCAUAAUUUGACAACUACCUAAAUGAAUAUUUAGGUACUUGUCACACCGACUACGACGAAGCGAUGAACUAUUGAAUUUUUUAUCGCUCAAGAAAUACAAAAUACAUGUAGAACACGUGUAAAUCGUACACUCACUAGCCGAUUGAUUCCGAAAGUGGUCCAAGGGCCAAAAAAUGGGGGCCUAUAAUUCGUAAGCGGGAUCCACGAAAAUUUAUAUUAUGUCUUGAUAGUAAAUUACUAAAAUGUUGGCUUAACUUUUCCUAUCACUGUAGGUAGAUAAUAUUGAUAGAGUUCGUAGGAGGCUCGGUGACCCCAACAUAACUAGACAGUCGCCCUCCGCGAUGACUGGGCGGUAGUUAUAAUGCACUUUC